GUCAGCUUUCUUAUAUUUUCCUGUUAGUAUUCGUUAUACAUAGCAAAACUACAACACCUUAUCCAAACCGAGUCUCCAUUUCCAAUUCGUCUACAUAAUUAUUUUAGGUGGGGAAGCAACAUGGGAUUUUGAUUCAAUAUGGAAUACAAUAAAUAAUUGUUGCAUUUCCAGUUUCCGGUGCGAGAACAUAAAUACAAUGGCAAACGUGUCGGAUUUGAUGAAGUAUGGACAAUUGACUGAUAAACGAGGGUAUAAUCUGAAGAGGUCAACGGGGUCUAAUCUGACCUCUAUACUCAGAAACAGAGAAUACAAAAUAAUACACAAAUUAGGUGAAGGGACGUUUUCUGAGGUGGUCAAAACGCAAAACCUUAAAGAUGGGAAUUACUAUGCUUGCAAAACCAUGAAACAGCCCGUGGAAAGCCUGGAGCAAGCAAACAACCUACGUGAAGUACAAGCAAUGAAGAGGCUCAGCCCACACCCCAACAUCCUUCAGCUGCACGAGAUCAUUUACGAUAAGAAGACAGGCUCCCUUUCUCUAAUAUGUGAACUCAUGGACAUGAACAUCUAUGAGUUAAUCCGAGGCAGACGACAUCCCCUGCCAGAAAUUAAAGCAAGGAAUUACAUAUACCAGCUGUGUAAGUCCCUGGAUCACAUGCACAGAAACGGAAUCUUUCACCGAGACGUCAAGCCAGAAAAUAUUUUAAUCAGGAAAGAUGUCCUGAAGCUGGCAGAUUUCGGCUCCUGCAGGAGCGUUUACUCCAAACCUCCCUAUACCGAGUACAUCUCCACUCGCUGGUAUCGGGCUCCAGAGUGCCUGCUCACAGACGGCUACUACUCCCACAAGAUGGACAUCUGGAGUGCCGGAUGCGUGUUCUUUGAAAUUAUGAGCCUCAAUCCUCUCUUCCCUGGCUCCAAUGAGCUGGAUCAGGUUUCCAAAAUCCAUGACGUUCUGGGAACCCCUGAUGAUGAAAUUCUUCAGAAGUUUAAGCAAUCCAGAGCCAUGCGUUUUGACUUUCCUCCCAAGAAAGGGAGUGGUAUCUCUCACCUGAUCCCACAGUGCUCAUCAGGCGGCCUGUCCCUGAUGUACGAGAUGCUGGAGUAUGACCCCAAUGAGAGGAUCAGCUCCAAGGCUGCCUUGCAGCACCCCUACUUCAAGGAACUCCGUGUGGCAGAGAAGCAGGCUAGCACCCUGAGAAGGGUAAUUGGAACAGUGGAAGGAGGAGAAAACAAUGGGACCCCUAACUCAAUCGACAAUCUCUGGCGCAUUGCAAAACAAGGGAGAAGACAACAAAACAUCAAGCACGUUCCAGACUCCCUGAUGAGACGGAAUGGUCCUUCUUACCCAAUUGAAUUGCCAAAGCUGAAUGUGGUUGUACCAGCACCCAAAAUAGCUUCAUAUCCCAUCACCUCUCUGCCUUCUUUAAUGGCACACAAUGGGUCUCUCCCAGCACUGAAAUCAACCAAAUACCACGGGAAACCAACGAAGCCCAGGAAUGAGCCACAUCACCAGCCCUUCAAGAGUUAUCACAUCCCACCUCUGGAAAGGAAAGGUGGAGGCUACUGAAGAUCGCAUGCCAAAGAGCUCCUCUUCACCAAAUUGUCAAGGAGUGGGUGCCCACCAACUCCUCGCCACGUUUUCCUGUCCUCUAGAAGGAUGGGCUUUAGCCCUUGAUUUUUUUGUGAUUCUUGAGCUAUUUUAAAUUUACAAUAAAAGAAUUAAGACUCUGACAAAGAACAGAACUGAAGUGAUCAAAAAGCUCUUGAAAUCACAAUAACCAAAUGUUGACAUUCUACUGUUUUCUUGAAAUAUUCAUGGAAGGAGUUUUAUCAAAAUUAUUUCCCCCUGAAAAAAGAAACAUUCUGUAAUUUAGAAUACAACUAAAUGAAAGAUUAAAAGAUUGAAACAAUUUAGAAGUGGCACUGGACAAUCUAAAACUCGAUGAGAAUGUCUUAAUAUUGUAUUAUGCAUAAAACACACAAAUGAAUGUGGUUGUCAUACUUCUAGUAAAUUACAUAUCAGAGUGCAUUCCUCUCGGAUGCUUUAAAACAGAGUAAAUGCAUAACUUUAAAGAAAAGUAUGCUUUGCAUACUGUGCUUGCUCAGUCUUCGUAAAGCGCUUUCAAUAAAACAGUCGGAUAAAAACUGAUUAAUAUGGCACAUAAAUGUAAAGAAAAAUAAUACAGCAUUUUUUUUCCUAGUAGGUUUUCAGGUAGUUUUUCAAAUUGUAUGUUUGUUGUCCACGGAGCAUGUUUAUGCUUUUGUUUUGUGUUAAUUGUGCUUACCUAUGUGAAUUAUGCAUCUACUGCAUUUUGUUCUAUAUUUCAAUCAUGUUGUGCAUUUAUCAUUAGCCUGACAUUCUAAUGUCAUUUUCUACAUUACAGGUUUUUCUAGUAAUCUCUUGUCAUGCCUUAAGCACAAGGCCACACAUCAGCAUAGACACCAUCAUGCCAGGAGAAUGCCAGGCCUAACAUAAUAAUAAUAAUAAUUGCUUACACUUAUAUAGCGCUUUUUCUGGACACUACACUCAAAGCGCUUU